AUGUCCAACACCACCCUCGACGACACUUCUCCUUUUAUCACCUAUGGCGGGGACACCUGGGGCACAAACCAUACCAACGACGCCCUCCUUCCCAAGUACUUUGACGCCACAUUCCACUCUACUACGGUCGCUGGCGCUUGGGCGAGGUUCUGCUGGAAUGGGACAGACAUUACACUUUUCGGAGCCAGGAGGAACAACCACGCGUUGUACGCUGUCACAGUCGACAAUGGGCCUGUGGUAUGGUUCAACGGUUUCUCCGGCCCCGACCAGCUCCAAGCACCCCUUUUCGCCUCGGCCGGUCUUGAGCAAGAAAAACAUCAGAUCACAAUCUUUAACGAAAACAAUGUCAACGCGACCAAGGAGCUCAUUUGGCUUGACGUCGAUUAUAUCAACUUCAUCGGGGAUGCGAUUGAUUGUGCGGAAGUGGAAAACAACACUGUCAUUCCUUCUGGUACUAUCGCGCCUCCUGCCGGGAUGACUGAAUCUGCCAUCACCUCUGCCAUCUCUUCCACCAUUACCUCUUCCUCCUCGUACGACAUCGCCUCUUCCAGCGACGUCGAGAGCUCUUCCUCCCUGUCCUCCUCCUCCGAGAUCUCUUCGUCUUCCAGCUCCGAAGUCUCUUCUACGAUCUCAAGCUCAAUCGCUGCUCCCACCACCUUAUCCAUCUCUUCCUCCUCUACUUCAACGUCUGCACGAGCUAGGACGACUGUGAUUAUGGAUCAACCGAACGUCUCUACCAAUGCUGCUUCUUCCACAGCGGAGAUUGCUGGUGCUCAGGGGACGGCUUCGUCCAGCGGUGCGGCGCUUUCAGCGAGGAUGGAAUUGGGAAUUGGGCAGGUGGCUUUGAUUGGAGUUAUGGGUUGGUACUUUGGGCGAUUCGUUCGAUAG